AUGGAGGCACCACUUAAAGAAACCAUAUUUAAAGUGUUACUAGAGUUGACGGAGUCAGAAAUUAUCGAAGCAAGACUUGGACUUGAUCUAGUGAUGGUAAUAGAUCUCAGUGGAAGCAUGCAUGAGGGAGGCAACUUAGACAAAUUGAAAAUCGCCGCGCAAUUCGUCAUCGAGAAACUUAGCCCCGUUGAUCGUUUUUCAGUUGUCACAUUCUUUGAUAGCUCGAACAUGUUGUUCCCACUGCGCCAAAUAACUGAAGAUUCUAAAGCCGAGAUUAUAGAGGAGAUCAGACUUUUAAAAGGAAAAAAUACUGACAAAAAUAUUGCUGAGGGCCUUAGAAUGGCCUUAAAAGUGCUCAAUGACCGUCGUUUCACGAAUCGGCGUGUGGGUGCCAUCAUGCUUUUUUCUGACGGUGCCGAAAAUAGAGGUAAAGUUGCCGAGGUUGAUGUUAGCAUGGUGCCAGUAUACACAUUCGGCUUUGGUGUAAGCCACAAGCAAAGGGUGCUAGAAGAGAUCGCGAUGAACAGCAAUGGAGGAACCUUCUCAGAUUUGCAAAAUGAGAACAACUUGCUCAUUGCAUUUUCCCAGUGUUUGGCUGGGCUUCUCACCGUCGUGGUUCAGGACUUGCGGAGGUACGCAAGGUCCUAG